AAGUCUAAAAUUUUUGAUUGAGAAUUUUGGUGCAAGCCACAUGCCUUCGUUGGCAAAUGAAUCGCCAAAUUUUGGUAACUGCCUACGAGAUGCUUUGGAUGAUGGCGAACAUGCGAACGGUGAACUUCCAACGAAGGCGGCUAAAGCGGCGGAUGACUCACCUAUUCGCUCGGUGAAUGCUCGAUCUGACUCUGCGUCCGACAAGUCUAUGAUUGACGGUCUCACAUUGUAUGAUAUGCAUAGGCUACCUAGAGAAACUAUAGUUGAUGAUAGAAUAUCGACUUGUCAACUGAGUGUAUUAUCUCCGGAACUUACCUGCUAUCUCUGUGAGGGGCCGUUCAAUCGCCCAUAUGCCGCGAUGGAGUGCCUACAUCGAUUUUGUUUUAAUUGUAUAUCAAAGUAUAUCAGGGUUGGAAAAAAGGAGUGUCCUAAAUGUCAUAUAAAACUGGCAUCAACUAGAGUUAUGCGACCAGAUGUUGGGCUCGAAACCAUCGUUAAGUUAUUCUAUCCUUCCCAGCCUUACAAGGCAUCCGUUGAUCCAUGUACUGAGAAGAAGAUCAACGCCACAGUAGAGCGCAAGUCGCAUAACGUUUCUUCAUCAGAUGGUAAUACCGACUCGCCUUGGACGCCACCCCCUCAUUCACAAACAAAUAAUAGCCAUCCGUUGAGUCAAACAAGAGGAGGAACACCUAAAAAAACACCUCCAGCCUCUUUAUCUGGAACAACACACUCUAACAAAGGGUCCACCAGAGAAAGUCGCAGAGGACGACCACCUAAACUUAUCAAGGCAGACUUUACCCCUGAAAAGCAGAACAUUUCAACGAAGGAGUCAAUCAAACUUUUGGCAUCACUUCCGGAAUGCUUUCUGUCACCCGAGACCUCGAACUUAAGAUCCGAUGAUGUUGAAAUGGCCCCUGUCUCUUCCAACAAUCCCGACGCGAAACGCAUCAAUCCGGGAUCCGACCGGUCUCAAGCGUCUACUGCCGUAAAAAACUAUCGAGGAAAGAAAAAGGAUGAGAAUAAAAUGACCGUUGCUCUUUUUCCUCACCCACACUUGUCUAAUUCAUCAGUCAAUCUUUCCAAUUUUCAUGUGGUUGCUCCCAUCGGUACUACGGUAGGACAUUUAAAUACUCUACUGUCAAUCUUGAAUUCAAAGAAAUACACCAUUCCAGACCAGCAGGCUGAAACUUUCAAAUUCGUUCUCACUAUCGGAGACGAUGUACUAGACAAAGACUUGACCAUUGAAAAAAUUUAUAAACAAUUUUUCAGAGAAGUUCAUAGUGGCAUUAGUCUGCAUUUUUAUAGAGAAAAUAACUCCAGUGUACAGAUCAAAAACGAAUAAACUCACUACGAACACGC